UCUGUCCUACUUCUAAACCAACAACCAUGUCAUAUAAAGGAUUCCUGAGCCAUAGCAAAGUGUCAAAAGAGGACCAAGAGUUUUACGACUUGAAGAACAAAGCCGCAGAAUAUUAUAUGUCCAACGGGGUCCCGCAAAAGAUAGAAAGUGUCCUGAACGAGAUGUUUUGGCAGAAGCCGGAUGAUAUCUAUGGUUAUCUGGCGAACUAUUUUUCCGGGCUCUCAUAUACUCCGGUUAUUAGUAAAAUCACCGGAAAGGAGGUGUUUGACGGAAGAGGAUUGACAGCAGUUCAGGCUGAAGUGCACUGCAUCAUCAGAAAUGAGGAAAAGAUGGUGUGCUGUGCAGUGAUGGAUGGCUCUUUUGAUGGUCUGCCUGAUGGUGUGAAAUCAGGGGAGAUGCUUUCUAAUGGCGACCUGGAACAUCUGUCUAUCACAAUGGCUCUGAAGUGGAUCAGAGAGCAUUUCAGUCCAGUGCUGCGAGGCUUCAACCCCACUGACCAAACCAGUGUAGACAAACUGCUCAGUGAUUUUGCCAUGGCACGUUACCUGGAGCACAAGGACAAUCUUGACAGAAAGAAGGAGGAGGAGCUGAAAAAUGAACUGGUGUCUGAAUCUCCGCUCCAGGCCACUCCCACACCAGCUUCUGUCAAAGAUAAGAAAGGCAAUGACAAAGGCAAAAAAGGAAACAUCACAGAGAAUCCCCUUCCUCCUGCUGAGCCUCCAGUGCCGAGGGUGCCAGGGGCUACAGCAGUGGGUGCAGUUUCAUUGGCAGUAGCCAAAACUGCUGCUGGACUUCUAGGAAUACCCCUACAUAGACAUAUCACAGCAGUAAGAGACCCACAGGCUCAGAAAGAGAUGCAGUUGCCUGUGCCUAUCAUUACAAUACUGAGUUGUGGAAAGAACUCUGCGGGGAAACUAAACCUACUGGAAGAGAUCAUCCUCAUGCCCAGCUCAUCACAAAGAGCCAGAGAAGUCAUUGGAAUGGGCCUUGAUCUGCAGUGUGAAAUGAGGAGAAUUUUGAAUGGAUUGACAUAUAAAGCUUUGCCUGUAGGGGUAUCAGACCAAGGAGCUUUACAGGUGGGUUUUGAACGUCCUGAACAGGCUCUUGAUUUGCUCACAGAAGCGUGUGCAAACCUGAAUUUUCCUCUGGGUUCAGAACUGAGCUUGGCUGUAAACUGUGCAGCACACAGCCUUAUGGACUAUUCUCGUGGGAAGUAUGAGGUGAUGUCAGGCUGUUACAAAUCCCCAGAUGAGUUGGGGGACAUUUAUGAGGGGCUAAUUAAUAAAUAUCCUGCUAUCAGAUCCCUCAUUGAUCCUUUCAGGAAAGAGGAUGUAGAUCAAUGGGAGAGACUGGCCUCAGUGAUUGGUCAGUCCUGCUGUCUGCUAGCAGAUGCUGCAUCCAAUCUCUGUCCUCGCUGGAGUGAAGUGAAGCCCCUCCCACCCGGAGCUAGCAGGGCCAUUAUUAGACACUACAGUGAUAUGACCAUCUCUGACCUCAUACAGAGCAUAGCGGAGCACAAAGAUGCUGAGACGAUUCUGGCAGCAGGCAAUGGUGAUACAUCAGUUGUUGACCUGGCCGUGGGGUCAGGCGUGUCCUUUCUCAAACUGGGCGGCCUGAGAGGAGCAGAGCGAAUGGACAAAUACAAUCGUCUGAUGGCCAUAGAAGAAGAGCAGGAGGGGAUCGCGGGUGCCGGAGAAAUAAACCAGCCUGUGUUGUUUGAGUCUGAAAGCGGCUGGAACUCGCUGACCGUCUCUGCUAAAUGACUUCAUCUCCUGUCUGUGGAACAUUAUCACAGUAGGGGUUUCCUGACCUUAUUGCAUGACAUUAAAA